AGUCAUAAUUCCUGAACAAAUGGCAUUUUUCUCCAUGGUGCUAUUUGUAUUAAUGUAGUGAAAAUCACAAAAAUAAAAUAAAUCAAAAAAAUAUGUGAAGUAAAGAUAAAAAAUUUUCUUCUUGUUGUAUAGGUCUUAAGUUAAUAGACUGGCUGCUAUGGAGUACUUUAAAAAAGUUUUUUUCCCUUUAAGAAAUAAAUUUCAUGUGAUACUUAUGCAGUAUCUGCAUGCAAGCCAUAUAUUUAUGGGAAAAUUUCCAUUUUUUAUUAUCAGUGGAGGAGCUCCAUGGUGACAUGGUAUAUUUAAACUAUGUCUUAAACUAGAUCUAAACUGGUCUUGAAUGGCAACAUACCCAUUUCCAGCGAUGACAACAUCUUGAAGGUCGAAGGGACCGCGGACACCUAGCAAUUAUUACAAGGACACUAAAAGCCCCAUGCCUUUCAUAAAUCCUGGCUAGGCAUCUGUCAUAUUGUAGAAAAGAAGUUGUCAUUGUUUUAUUCUUGACUGACAUUUAAAAGCACAGAAAACACUAAUGUGAAGUAUAUAUCUGAUUAACGACCAUUCUAAAAGCAAUAUCCAGAAAAAUACAUUUUUCGAAUUUUUUUCAACCUGGUUUUUUGCCACCAGGCACACACAGACUGCUAGCUUUCAUCAUUCAAAAGGAAUGAACACUGAAAAUCAACUAUUUACGGCAUUCAGUAUGGAUAUGACGCCACUGAUACCUCUGAAUCAAUACAGACCACAACAGAAUUUGAUGUUUAAAAAUUAUUUUACUUUGUUGGAUAAAUUUUGAAGCAAUAAAUCAAACUAUUUUCCUGUACAGUGUUUAAUAGUUUUUCAUCAGAUGUGUUGUUCACACUCUUCAGGAGAAACAAAACAGGAGAUUUGUGAAUGAAAUUCAAAGACCAUCACAAGUACAAUUAUGUUUAAGAUAAAAAUUUACAAAUAGAUACAAUUUGAUGAUACCACUGAUACUAAGGACUUGUGAUAGUCCUAAAAGUGAUCCUAAGUGAUCCUAAAAUGGCUGAUAUUCAAGGUGGAAUUUCACCACAUGGACUACUACUUCAAACUUUUAAACUAUUUCUACAGAUAUAGUACAACUUGCUCUCCAAAUCUCUUUAUCUAACUUUAAAAAUUCUUUAUAGGUAAAGCUGUGGGGCACACAUAUACAGUAUCAAUGGUGAAUAGUUAUGCAGGCUAUUAAAUCUCCAUCAGCUAAGCAUGGUCAGAAGUGAAACCACCAAGGGAUUCAUAUUUGGACAUUAUACAUGAUGGUGUACAUGGACUUGAAGACCCGUGUCUCCUAUACCUGGUCUAAUUUUGGUUACAGGAAAUAAUGUGGGACCCACUUUAAAUUUGUUAGUUUGAAAUUUUAAUACAUACGUGUAGUCACCAUAUAUGACUCAUACUUUUAAAGUUGACCUUUUUUUUUUCAGGUAAGGAUACAAAUUCAGUUACCAUGUUUCGGUCUAAGUCGUCCUGGCCUUGAUCAUAUAGAGACUGUUAGUGAUAGUGUGAUACCUGAUCAAAAAACAUGGAGACCAAACCUGACCUGCAGGUCCAAGUGUCCAACACAGAAACCAUGGAAAAUUCUGCUGUAAUCAAGAAUGUCUACGGUUUUAGUGUGGACCCAAGGUUCACAGAUCUAGUGCCAAUCGGUCAAGGAGGGAAUGGCAUGGUAUUCUCUGCAGUAGACAGCGACUGUGAGAAAAACGUGGCCAUCAAGAAGAUUUCCUUCUGUGACCAGCCGAGUUGUCGAUAUGCUCUAAGAGAGUUGAGGGUUGUCCGUCAGCUACAGCACGAGAAUGUGGUAGCUGUUUAUGAAAUCCUUGGUCCAAAUGGUUACUCGCUCGAUGGCAAGCACACGGUGACAACCGAAUCAAGUUCCUUCAACUCGAUCUAUAUCGUUCAAGAGCAUAUGGAUGUGUCACUAUCUCAGCUGAUCCAGUCUUGUCAGCUGAGUCGCGAACACGUCAAGUUCUUCCUGUAUCAGCUGUUACGUGGCUUGAAGUACAUCCACUCAGCCAACCUGAUUCACCGUGAUAUUAAACCACCUAACAUCCUCCUCAGUCUGGAUGACCUGAUGUUGAAGAUUGGAGAUUUUGGACUGGCUAGAGUGGUGGAUCCUGCUUACUCUCACAGGGGUUACCUGACAGACCGUGUGGGCACCUGCUGGUAUCGUGCCCCUGAGCUGAUCCUCACCCCCAGGGACUACAGCCAGGCCAUUGAUAUGUGGGGGGUGGGGUGUAUCCUGGCUGAGAUGCUCACCGGUCAGCCGCUGUUUCCUGGGGCUCAGGAGAUGGAGCAAAUGGGCCACAUCCUGGACACUGUGCCACUGACGGACAAUGAGUGGAACCGCGUCACCCAAAUCUUACCCAGCAGCAUCAUGAAGAAAUACACCCGCUUCCCCAAGAGGACUUUGAGAACCCAGUUUCCUGGUCUGGAGACCCAGGCCACGGAGAUGUUAGAGAGUAUGUUGAAAUUCUCCCCGUGCUCCCGUACGUCCGCAGAGAUGGCAUUGGGCCACCCAUACCUGGAGCAGUAUGCCUGCCUUGAGGACGAACCUGUUGUCUGUAGGCCCUUUCGUAUUGAGCAUGAGGUAGAUGACUUGUCUGUGGAAACGUUGCGCCACCUGAUUCUCAGCGAGGGUAAAAUGCCUGCACUGGGCUGUGGCUCCCAGAAUCCCCCAAUGGCUGCCUCGCUGAAACACCCUGACCAUGAGCCCAUAACCGUACCUGGUAACACAAGCGAGACUUUUCCACGGGCGAGUAGUUCACCUCCUGGCAGUGCAGCUUCCAGGGCUACAGAAACUGGAGCAAUCAUCAAUCCGGUGGAUGGUGUGAGUGAUAGACUUAUGCCCCCUGCCAGUUUCAAUAAUGAUGUGGUCAAAGCAAAGAACAGCCAGCCAGAAAGCAAAGUGUCAAAGGAGAGUUUAUUCAUUGAUGUGAGUGAUUUUGAGAAUGCUAAAGAGUUCUGCCAGCCUUCCCCUAAAGAGAGGGCAGACAGAAUAAACUGCCAGCACAAAAUAGACCAGCAAUUACCUGACAAGAACAGCCUGGCGAUGUCCGUGAAACUGAAGGACAGAGUGAAUGCACAGCGUCGUGGCAAACCUCACUUCACCGACCUGUCAGAUUACGAAAUUCCUCCCCCGAAUACCAGACUUGCUGAUCCGGCUCUGGACCCAUCAAAUUUCAUUAAUGACCGAAAUACGUUUCGUGGACUGGAGGGAGCAAAAUUUGAUGAAUGUCAGAAAGGUGGUGAUCGCAAUAUUUUGAAAUCUCCAGAUGACUUUUGUGUAGGAUACAAGGAAAAAUCACAUUCAAAAGAAUCACUGUUCAAAAAGCAAAUGGCAAGACAGAAAAAGGGCAAGCAAAAAUCUGUGACAAACCGUGAUUUUGACAGUCUUUAUCGGCUUCCCACUGAGCAUCUUUGCCGUCAUAGGAGACGAACGGAUGAUCGCUUACUGCCGAAAAGACCUCAUCAGGAAAUUAAUAUCGAAAAUCAUGUGAAGUUACGAGAAGAAUUAAAUGAGCGUUUACGGUUCGCUGAAAUGGAACGUGAUCAUUUCCGUGGUGCUGUGGGCGGCACUUGUACGCUGGACGACAUAUCUCCACCCAUUGGUCAGAUUUCCUUGGAAGUGGAAAACAUUGAAUAUUCUGACCUACACUUCAGGGAAAGUAAACAUUCAGGUCGAACUUUCACUCGCAAAAGUAUAAUGAACAAAGGGAGGCGAGACAGCAGUUCUUCCAGUGAUGAUCAACGGUAUGAAGGCUGAAAACAGUGAUACAGAUAGUGUGAUUUAUUUAUUGUUGUUGUAUGGUUGAGGGAACCUGUAACCUGUAUAUGACAUUUAUCAUAGAUGCUGACAAGAACAAUCCUCUGCUAUCAUGGUGUCAUUAUGUACUUAGUGAUCUACAGUCUCUAUCAUGGUUAGAAAACAUUAAUCAGAACAAUUUAAUAACAAUUUCUUUAGUUGCAAAAAAAAUUGCCCUUUUCUGUUCUUUUUCCAUUUUUUCUUUUCUUUUCUGUUUUGUUUUAUGUAAUUGUGUAUUAUGCUUUUUUCCUUUUUUCCUGGCAAGUGUAUGAUUUUGGUGUGCACACUACAAAUCUCCUGGUUUUUUUGUUAAUAUAAAUCCUACUA